GGUUCAGCCAUGUUGUGGUUUUGAAUGAGGAAGAAGCGGGAGAUAGUACUCUUCAACGAGUUUUUUGGCCAACUAACGUGUCGUUCAGGAUAUUGAACAGAUUUGUGUGAGACAUAACACCAUAACGGGUAUUCCGAAUGCACUGGCUGCGAGCUUUAGCGCCUCUGUAGUAAUUUAGACAUAGUUGUGUAAAUUAGCUGCGUUGCUAACGACGUUGGCUAGCAAGCUAGUUAGCAUUGCCAGCAAAUAGGUUAGCAAAUUCUCCCUUUGCGGACUAUCGCUCAGUGGGAAACUCGUUGACUUAUCCCCGUUUAAGCGUCUCGCUCGAAUGACUCGCGUUAGGUUAAUUUGUGUUGGCUCCAGAGACCGCUAGACGGCACUCACUUGAAGCGAUUUAAUUGUCAACCAGCGGCGUGAUUUAGCAAGCUUGAAGCCAUGCUCAAUAAAUUGUACGAAUGGGUAGAGUCAAGCGUUGCCAAUCUCCGAAAUGGUGUUCCGGUUGUGAGACCAUCUCAAACAGACCGGGUACCUGGAGAUGACCACAUAAGGAUGAGACGGAAAAGACCAGUUGAAUGUUUAGAAGACGGGCAUUUAGGCGACCAAGAUGAACUCGCAGUAAAGAAAUCUCGAAUGGGAGAUCUUAUUGACACUGUCAAGAUUGCAGCUGAAGGAGUAAAGAAUCGGAGUUCCAGUGUGGCGACGUGGAUGAAGAACAGUGUGAGCCCUACCUUAAAAAACAUGCUGCCUUCCUCCUCUGGUCAUCCUCUUGAACAACUUCAGCCACAGCCCUCAACAUCAGCAGGAAGAUGGACACCAAUUCUUAACUCAGAAGUAAACUCCCUGGAUCAGACUUUUGCUGCUCCUGCUACAACUUCAGAGUGGAAAACACCCAAAUCAGUUUGCAGGCGACAAGUGCACAUGAAUCCAACACUUCAGGAAGUCCCAAAAAUAAAUGGGCACCCAGGCAGCUUUCCCCCCACCAUCACGCCGAAAUUGCACACCUCUGCAUGGCUCGGCAGGCCCGUAAACAUCAGAAAAUAUAGUACACCAAGUGUGGUUAGUGGAGAGUCCACAGCAAGCAGCUCCUGCACCAGCAUGUAUGACAAAACAUUUCCAAUCAAAGUACCACAGAGGCCGUCACACAGAACUUCAGCGGGCCACAUGCAUCAAGCCAAAGCCCGUUGCACAGCACAGGAGUCUGUUCAUUUAGAGGAGAAGGAGGCAUAUCGGCAGCUUCUGGCCAUGGUCUCAGGUGGUCAGUCUUGUCUUCACAACGGCUACUCACAUUCCAUCGUGAGGUCACAGAGAGAUUUCACCAGCUUCCUGAGCCCCAGCCGAAGACUGCUACACUUCUCUUCCCUCACCAGUUCAGUGGCAGGGGAUACUUCGGAAGGACCAAGCAGCCCUCCCAGCCCCAGGGGUGUGUCGAGCCAGAGCUCCAGCAACCUUCCCAGCCCAGUGGCUUCCUUUUGCAAGCCAGAGAACUACCAGACAUGGUCUCUAGAUGUGGACCUCAGCUCCAGUCAGCCCUCCCCAUCCGCUGUGCUGGACACCUGCUCUCAGGACACUCAGUCAUCAACCCACGAUUGCAACUCUGUUAUUAUUGUAAAUGAUCAAAAGAGUAAAAAGCAAGAUUCCUCAAGCAUACCAUGUUUCCAAGCUGAGUUAUGGAUUAAAGAAUUGACAAGUAUUUAUGAUUCUCGGGCAAGAGAAAGGCGAAGACAGAUAGAAGAGCAAGAGGCCUUAGCUUCCCAGCUGCAGCGACAGCGCCUGUCCGAAGGAGGGCAACGCAGCACAGAUGUGGAGGUUCAUGUUCGAGUACCUUUGGAGACGGAGAUUCCUUUGACACUAGUUAUAGAAGAGCCCCAGUCAUUGGACGAUAAACCAGAAUUCCCAGAACUCACAGAGGAAAUGGAGGCUCAAGUGGACAAGGUGUUAAGACGCGGGAGUCCUGAUGAAGUAUGUAGUGAAGGUUUUGGUCUCAGUCUGACACGCAAGGAUCUGCAGACUCUGAGUGGCCUGAGCUGGCUAAAUGAUGAGGUGAUCAACUUUUACAUGAAUCUGCUGGUGGAGCGGAGCAAAGGCCCCAAGCUGCCUUCGGUCAACACCUUCAGCACAUUCUUCUAUCCCAAACUGCGCAGUAGCGGGUACUCCGCUGUCCGCCGAUGGACCAAAAAGAUGGACAUCUUUUCCAAAGACAUUCUGUUGGUUCCUGUACACCUGAGUAUGCACUGGUGCCUCUCUGUGGUGGAUUUCCGCAAAAAGGCUGUCACAUACUUUGACUCGAUGGGAGGGAACAAUGAUGAAGCAUGCAAGUUGUUGUUUGAUUACCUGCAACAAGAAAGCAAGGACAAAAAGGGCAAAAAACUGGAUACCACAGGCUGGACUUUACAAAGCAAAAAGCGCAAUGAAAUUCCACAGCAGAUGAACGGGAGUGACUGUGGAAUGUUUACAUGCAAAUAUGCAGAUUACAUGACCAAAGACAAGCCCAUCACAUUCACACAGAAACAGAUGCCAUAUUUCAGGAGGAGGAUGGUUUGGGAGAUAGUGAAUCAGAAGCUGUUAUGAAAGUGAUUCUGCAGGACACAUUUGGACUUCUUGUGAAAAGCCUUGCCACACCAGCUCAUCAGAUCAGGGACUGAUGCUGCCACGCUCCAUCUUCAGAAGUCUCUCUGAAGAUGGCCUACAGGUUGCUGGAGAACCGUGCCCUGCCUCCCAGUCCUCUGGCCAGGGUUCGAGUUAAAACGUUUAGGCCUCCAUACGUACGUGUGUGUGCGUACACACACAAGUAAGACUAUCACUGUGAGAGGAAAAAAUAUGAUGGGGAUCACUUAAAAAGUAAAACAGGUUUAGUCUUACAAUAGGUUGAAUAAACAUAUGACAGUUAUGAUCCUAGAAUUCAUGUUCAAAAUGCUCUCCUUCAAAAGAAAAAAGAGAAAUGCUGUCAGGAUUGCUAACUGCCAUGGCAGACGGAUCAUCUAACAUACACAUUUCUCUUCUCAUUAGCACUAAAUACAUUUUACAUGAGUACAUGCAAUAUUGAUUUGUGAUGGUGGAUAAAAGAUCCCCACAGAAUUGACUGUCUUAAUGGGAGCUCAGGUGUGUAACUCGAACCCUCCCUCUGCCCCACUUUCGGGUUUUUUGACUGUUGGCUCACAUGCGGAGCAUAUAGUACCUCAAAACGCUGCAGGUUUUUGUCAGCAAAGUCUUUCACGAUAGCCACAUUCAGUUUGGUGUCAAGUUUGAAGCAUUGACACAUUUUGGUGGGAGAGAAAUGUGUUUUGUACAAUCCCCAAUUGCAAAGGUGUUGGGAUGUUGCAUAAAACAUUGAGGAAAAAUACGUUUUGCAAAGCUUUUUCAACCUAUAUUCAAUUUAAUACAUUACCUAGACAAGAUUUUUAAUGUUCAAACUGAUAACACCCCCCAUAUAUCCCUUAUUUUGAAGUUGAUGCCUGUAACAAAUUCCAAAAAAGCUGGGACAGAGGCACCUUUUAUUUUAACAGCACUUGACUCUUUGCAAAACUAAAAUAAAUCACCUUAAUCAGUUUGAACAUUAAAUGUCUAGUGUAGUAUAUUCAAUUGAACAUAGGCUAAAAAGGAUUUGCACAUUGUAUUUUGUUGUUUACAUUUUACACAGCGUCCCAACUUCAUUGGAAUUGGGGUUUGAAUUAUAGAAACAUGUUAUUGUACUUCUGAGUAGAAAAAUGGGGUAUGCCAAGAAAACUCAACUUUAUGGCACCUUUAUAUUGGGCCACAAAAGUUGUACAUCAUUUGCUUCUUGUAAUAUACACAGUUACAUUAAAAAAAAAAAUAUUUUUGUACUUUAUGCUGAGAGGUUUUUGAAUUGCCUUGCAGAGUGUGACUUGGAAUGCUGUUUUGCUUUGCUGUUGACCAGCAAGUGAAACCAAGUAUGUACUGUCGUCUUAAUGGUCAGCUGAAAACGGAAGGGUAAAAACAUGAUUUCCUCACUGAUGAGUCUUGCUAAAAGUUUGUAAAUUAAGUUUCAAAGUCUAUUUUAUGUAUGUGAGUCAACAGCAAUUUUUGGGUAUAUUCAGAAUAUUUUAAACUUUGUAUAUAUUUGAAACUUAAUCUUGUAAUUUUUUAAUGUACUUUUUUAUGUAGUAAGUUUCUUGUAGUAAUAAAUCCUCAUAUAUUG